AUGCUGCUUGCUCUGUCACAGCUGAGCCCAUUUUGUGCAAUGCAGAUCCACCGCUGCCUCAAAAGCAACUCUUUGAGCAGUCGGACCAAGGCGAUACAAAAGAAGAUGCUCAUCCUCCUAUCAAUUCAGAUUACAAGCCCAACGUUAUUUAUGAAUCUUCCGCUGGGUAUUAUGUUUUUACUGCUCUUCACUGGACUUCCUAGUCCACCUUUUAUAGACAAUUUUGUUGGUAUUGCAAUGGCACUCUAUCCGCUAAUGGGACCGAUUAUCACUGUAGUAUUCGUCAAAGACUAUCGAAAAGUGCUGCUUACAACAUUACAUAUUUCUAAAAAAGUCAACCCCUCCACUAUACCUCCUGCUAUCACAGUCAGAACGGCUUCUACGUGCAAAUAA